UCUGUCUGUAGUCAGGGGACAGAGCCAGCGGCGCGCCAACUCUACAGCCCCGUCACACAGCACAAAGAACCUCCUUUAUUUCAAUCCACGCACUACAUUUACCGGAGCCUCCUCACACACACGCACACAGCAACUCUUUUUCUCUCUCUCUCUCUCUGGUCCCCGGUCAGAACGGACGGUUCGGUAAGGAUCAUGUCUUCUAAUGGCUGUUGUACCGGCGGCGGUGACGUGCUGCAGAUCCAACUCGGGCUGAUUAACGCGGGGAAUAAAUAUCUAACGGCUGAAACGUUCGGUUUUAAAAUCAACGCCUCCGCACCGAGUCUGAAGAAGAAACAGAUGUGGACGUUGGAGCAGAACACCGGUGACACGGCGGGAGACUCGAGCAGCAGCGUGGUGUUCCUCCGGUCGCACCUCGGGCGGUAUCUGGGUACGGAUAAAGACGGGAACGUUACCGGGGAGAGCGAGUGUCGAGGUAAAGACUGCAGGUUCGUGUUAACGGCGCAUGAUGACGGCCGAUGGUCGCUGCUCUCUGAGCCCUUCGGGAGGUACCUGGGAGGCAGCGAAGACCGGAUCAGCUGCUUCGCUCAGACAGCGUCAGCCGCAGAGAAGUGGUGUGUCCACCUGGCCAUGCAUCCCCAGGUGAACCUGUUCAGCCUGGCCAGGAAGCGUUAUGCCCACCUGACCUCUAACCCCGACCACUCUGAGGUCUCUAUAGACCGUGACUUCCCGUGGGGUGUGGACUCUCUGGUCACCCUGGUGUUCCUGGAUCAACGCUAUCACCUGCAGACGUCUGAUAACCGCUUCCUGAAGAACGACGGCAGCCUGGAGGCCACGCCGGACAAGACCACCGGAUACACGCUGGAGUUCCGCUCCGGCAAGGUGGCGUUCAGGGAUUGUUCCGGGCGCUACCUGGCGCCGUCGGGCCCGAGCGGGACCAUGAAGAGCGGGAAGACUAGCCGCGUGGGGAAGGAUGAGAUGUUCGCUCUGGAGCAGAGUCACCCUCAGGUGGUUCUCACCGCCGGCAACGAGAGGAACGUCUCCACCAGGCAAGGCAUGGACCUUUCGGCCAAUCAGGAUGAGGAGGGUGACCAGGAAGUGUUCCAGGUGGAGAUGAGUCGUGAGACAGGAAACAGGAAGUGUGCGUUCCGCACUGCUGCAGGGAAGUACUGGACUCUCACCUCCACCGGAGGACUGCAGUGUACCGCCUCUACUAAGUCAUCUAACAGUCAUUUUGAUCUGGAGUGGUGUGAGGGGAAGGUUUCUCUCAAAGCCUCUAAUGGGAAAUACGUUGCCGCCAAGAGGAACGGACAGCUAGCUGCUACCGUCGACAACGCAGGGGAGGCGGAGCAGUUCCUGAUGAAGCUGAUCAAUCGGCCAAUCAUAGUCCUCCGUGGAGAACACGGUUUCAUUGGCUGUCGUAAGGUUGGCACGGGAACGCUGGAUUCUAACCGCUCCUCCUACGACGUCUUCCAGCUGGAGUUUAAAGACGGAGCCUACAGCCUCCGAGAUUCACAGGGGAAGUUCUGGUGCGUGGGGGAGGAGUCCGCAGUGGUGUGCAGCGGGGACACGCCCACCUACUUCCUGUUUGAGCUGUGUGACUACAACAAGAUGGCGGUGCGAGCGCCGGGGGGGCGGUACCUUAAAGGAGACCACGCUGGGGUUCUGAAGGCCAACGCUGAGGGGUUGGACAAUGCAACACUGUGGGAGUACUGACCACCCUAUAAAGUUAACAUACAUCAUUCUGGGUAACAUCAAUUACCCCACUGUAGAAAUCCUUUAAAUAAGUAUCCUCCGUCUGUUAUGACUUUAUAUGGGCAAAUAGAAUGUAUAGAAUAAAAAGAAAAGUUUCAGACCUUCCUGAGUCUGGGGGUGGUUUUAACCUUCCUGAGUCUGAGGGUGGUUUUAACCUUCCUGAGUCUGAGGGUGGUUUUAACCUUCCUGAGUCUGAGGGUGGUUUUAACCUUCCUGAGUCUGAGGGUGGUUUUAACCUUCCUGAGCCUGAGGGUGGUUUUAACCUUCCUGAGUCUGAGGGUGGUUUUAACCUUCCUGAGUCUGAGGGUGGUUUUAACCUUCCUGAGUCUGAGGGUGGUUUUAACCUUCCUGAGUCUGAGGGUGGUUUUAACCUUCCUGAGUCUGAGGGUGGUUUUAACCUUCCUGAGUCUGAGGGUGGUUUUAACCUUCCAGACAUGGACUUGUAUCAGCUCACCACCCAGGGUUUUUACUUGUGACAUGUAGUUAAAUGCACUAAAGAGGAACCAUGGGUCCAUAAUGAAGAUGCACAUCUUUUAACCUGUCUGUUUUCAGAGGAUAAAGAUACGAACAUUAACAACGUCAUAGUUUAGAACACUAUAAACAAAAUGGAAGAAAAUGAAACGGAAUCUACAAGAACCAAAUAUCAGUCCCUAGAAACACAACACUAUGGAACAGUCCUUUCACAGUUCCCUAGAAACACAACACUAUGGAACAGUCCUUUCACAGUUCCCUAGAAACACAACACUAUGGAACAGUCCUUUCACAGUUCCCUAGAAACACAACACUAUGGAACAGUCCUUUCACAGUUCCCUAGAAACACAACACUAUGGAACAGUCCUUUCACAGUUCCCUAGAAACACAACACUAUGGAACAGUCCUUUCACAGUUCCCUAGAAACACAACACUAUGGAACAGUCCUUUCACAGUUCCCUAGAAACACAACACUAUGGAACAGUCCUUUCACAGUUCCCUAGAAACACAACACUAUGGAACAGUCCUUUCACAGUUCCCUAGAAACACAACACUAUGGAACAGUCCUUUCACAGUUCCCUAGAAACACAACACUAUGGAACAGUCCUUUCACAGUUCCCUAGAAACACAACACUAUGGAACAGUCCUUUCACAGUUCACU